AGUGCCUCCAGUGCCCCACUGCUGCCUCGCCACCAAAAUCCCGUCGGGAGUCGGGACGACGAAGAAGCCAAGUCGGUGCGCCGUAUAAAUCCUAUUCAACAAUCGCCACCCCCCAAAUCCCACCACCCUUUUCCCCCACUUCCACCCCUCGCGAUCUCUCCCCGGCCCGCCAUGGAGAUGUUCUACUACCUCGUGUUCGGCGCGCUCGCCGCCAUCGUGGCGGCGCUGGAGCUCGGCAAGUCCGGCAAGGACCGCGUCGCCACCUCCCCGGCCUUCAACUCCUUCAAGAACAACUACAUCCUCGUCUACUCCCUCAUGAUGUCUGGGGACUGGCUGCAGGGGCCCUACGUGUACUACCUCUACAGCCAGUACGGCUUCGACAAGGGCGACAUCGGCCGCCUCUUCAUCGCCGGCUUCGGUUCCUCCAUGCUCUUCGGUACCAUCGUCGGAUCCCUCGCGGAUAAGAAGGGUCGGAAGAGGGCGUGCGUCACCUACUGCAUCACCUACAUCCUCAGCUGCUUCACCAAGCACUCCCCCCAGUACAAAAUUCUUAUGGUUGGCCGCGUCCUUGGAGGCAUUGCCACUUCGCUGCUCUUCUCAGCGUUUGAGUCAUGGCUCGUCGCCGAGCACAACAAGAAAGGAUUUGAUCCACAAUGGUUGUCGAUAACAUUCUCCAAGGCUAUAUUUCUUGGCAAUGGUCUAGUGGCCAUUGUUGCUGGGCUAUUUGCAAAUUUUCUUGCUGAUAACAUGGGUUUUGGUCCUGUGGCUCCAUUUGAUGCCGCUGCUUGCUUCCUAGCAAUAGGAAUGGCAAUUAUCUUAUCAUCAUGGGGUGAGAACUACGGAGAUUCUUCUGACAGCAAGGACUUGAUAACCCAGUUCAAGGGUGCAGCUAAAGCCAUUGCUUCAGACGAGAAGAUUGCAUUGCUUGGAGCCAUACAGUCAUUGUUUGAGGGAUCAAUGUAUACUUUCGUUUUCCUGUGGACUCCUGCUCUGAGCCCAAAGGAUGAGGAAAUUCCUCACGGCUUCAUAUUUGCUACUUUCAUGCUUUCCUCAAUGCUGGGUAGUUCAAUUGCUUCUCGUUUGUUAGCUCGGAAGCUGAAGGUUGAAGGUUAUAUGCAAAUCGUGUUUUCUGUAUCGGCCUUUACUCUUUUCCUCCCUGUUGUCACUAAUUUCCUAGUACCUCCCUCUGGGGAGAAAGGUGGUAGCAUUUCGUUAGGAGGCUGCUUACAGCUUCUUGGUUUCUGUACCUUUGAGUCAUGUGUUGGUAUAUUUUGGCCAUCGAUCAUGAAGAUGAGAUCUCAAUAUAUUCCUGAGGAGGCAAGAAGCACAAUCAUGAAUUUCUUCCGUAUACCACUCAACCUGUUUGUUUGCGUGGUGCUAUACAAUGUGAAUGCAUUCCCAAUAACUGUCAUGUUCGGCAUGUGCUCCAUUUUCCUAUUUAUGGCAGCAAUCUUGCAGAGGCGCUUAAUGGUUGUCUCUGAUCUUCACAGAUCGACAAAAGCAGUGGAGAUGACUGCAGAAGAUGAGCCUUUGAACCCUUAGAAAACAACAAGACCAUAUAAGUGAAUCAGAAGUCAAAAUGGCCCCAAUCUUUGAUUUGUUCCCAUGGGGUUGCUGAAUAAUAUCGAUAUCCAAAGGCUGUAACGACUGUAACAGAAUGCAGUUUAGUGUGUUGGAUUGGUGCUAGUGCAGUUUACAGUUUUGUCAUGAUAUAGAGAACAUGAUGUAGCAAGUCCUGACUAUUGUGCCACACGCGGCAGUGGAGCUCGGUAUAGCCUCCCCACGUUUUCCCCAUAUUUUCUUCUUGUGUUUUCUGAUAGGGUUGACAUUUGUAUUCAAAUGCCAGAAGUAUCAUAUGGAAGCCUGUAUCGCUCAUUUUGGAUGCAAACGCUGAGUAAAGUGAGAAAAGACACUCGUUAGCGACCAACAAUCUAGAAGUAAAACGUCUUCUGUCGUUUUGUUCU